GUUAAAGAUAACGAAUAAUUGAUAAAUCCAUAGGCUAAAUAUAAAAUAAUAAUACCGUAAUAUUCGAGAACAACAAACAAGUCAUGUGCGCUGUGCACUAUGCUGCAGUUUACAUGUUUUAUUUUUAUAUUUUAUCGUCUUAUCGAUAAUCGAUAUAGCCAUACGGGUGAUACAGAGACAGACUAAUGACUUUUACAUCAGUAGAACGUAGGUCGUAGUCACUAGUCACUCGUAGACCGUAGCCUAGAUUGUUCGUAUUUAUUAUUUUAUUCGUUAUUAUGGCACCAAAAAGAAAAUGUCACUUUCGUGAUGAGUUUUCCGUUACUUGGAGUUUUAUAAAAAAAGGUAGAAAUGAAUUUGAAGCAUAUUGCACUUUUUGCAAAAGCUAUCUUCAAGUUGAGAAAUGUUGAGAAAAGAAGAAAUAUCUGAUCAAGUAAAACAUACAUUUUAUGAAGAAGUUGAUGAGUUUUACAAUACAGCAAUUACGUAUUUAACCAAAUGGUCGGUCUCAACAAAUCACUUUCAUGUUUUUGACUGGAUGUCUUUAUUGGAGCCGAUAGCAUGGCGUGACGUAGAAGAAACAAUAAUUUAUUUAUCUGAUAAAAACAUACAGUUAGAUGAUUCUUUAUUGUUUGAUCAGCUAACAUACUUAAAAAAAAAAAUCGAAGAAUUCAAAAACAGUAUAUUAGAUUGGGAUAAUAAAAUUGCUAGUGAAAAAUGGCAAUGUUUUUUUAGUGUGUCAAUACACGAUGAACAACACUCAGAACUUUUAAAAAUUGCUCAGUAUGUUUUUGCAAUACCAGCCCACAAUGCUAACGUCGAACGUGUAUUUUCUUUAAUGGAAAUACAAUGGACUGACGAACGAAAUCGUCUUCAGCUUGAUACCGUGGAAAGUAUUAUAAUGUGCAAGUACAAUUAUAAAAAGACUUGUUCCGAAUUUUACGAGUAUGUUAAAACACAGCCAUCUUUACUUACAUCGGUUAAAUCAUCUAAGAAAUAUGAAUGGUACAAAGAAAAUGAGACAGAAGAGCCCAGCCACCCCGGCCCAAGUACAAUUAUUGUGCUUCAUUUGACGAUUAUAUAAACAAUGAAAACAAAAAAAAGAGGAGGAAGAAGGUUGAAACGAGAUUGGCGAAGGAAAAUUGACGUAACUGAUGUUGACACGUAUCUAGAGGGGAAAAGACUCCAGGAACGAAUAGGAGAUCCAUUCAGCAAAAAAAAAGAUGAAGAACUGUUUCAUAUUGAUACAAGUGGAAAGAAACAAAAGUCUAAGAAAAAAUCCUUAAAUGCACCUUUGAAAUGCCUAUCGAGCUUACAAUCAACAUCUGCUAUUCCACCACUUGCUAAAAGAAGUGUAAAAAAAUACAAAAAGAAUAAUAAAAAGGAUGAUGAUUUUGACAAAAACAUUAAACCUCUCAAGAAAGGAGGUAUUGUUAAGAAAAAAGAGGUGAAGGAAUUAAAUAAAAUUCUAAAGGCUAAAGUUAAAACAUUGGAACUAAAAGAAAACUCAACUAAAGAUCUCUUUGACAAGGAUUUAUGGACAAGUUAUAGAGAACCAGGACAAAGAAAAGAUAAACUCAUAAAAAAUGUUAUUAAAUGGUUGCCAAGUGAAGUAUUAAAUCAUAAUGCUAAAAUCCUUCCGAAAUUAAGUAAUAAAAAAAUGUCGCAUCCGAGCCAAACCACAUGCAAAGCUGAAGAUAUGAAAUGUCCACACCCGGGUCUUUCAUACAAUCCCACAAUCGAAGAUCAUGUUUCAUUAUUGGCUAAUAUUGCUGAAAAAGAAAUGGAGUUGAUAAAGCAUGAAGCUCAUAUGAAUAGAGUUACACAAAAAUUAUUCAAACAAGUUUCUAAAGAUAAACAUGAACAAAUGAUAAUUGAAGAAUUAACUGAAGGUCUGCCUGGCUUUACGGAUGAUACAGUUAAAGAAGUAAACGAAGACACUUCUGAGUUUAAAGCCAUUAACCCACCCACUACAAGAGAUAAUCAAAAGACCAUUAAAAAACGUAAGACCCAGAGACGAUUGCGUAAUGAAGAAAGACAACGUAUGAAUGCUAAAAUUGAAAAAAAGAAAGUUUCAGAUCUUUAUAGAUUACGUUAUAUUAGAGAAGAACUGGAUGAAUUGGAAAAUGUAACAAACAAAAAAAAACUUAAAAGAUUACAAAAGAGACAAAUAAAUAACAUUAGCACCAGGCGUCUAGGAACCAACAAGUUUACUGAGUCAUUAGAUGCUUUUGCAUUACCAAAAGAUUUAAAAGGUACGCUAAGAGAAACUGAACCACAAGGAAAUAUAUUCAAAGAUUGUUUUGAAAGUUUACAAAAGCGGAAUAUAUUAUCUGUUGGGAAAAAACAACUUAAGAUUCAUAAGAAAAAAGUGCAAGCAUUUAUGGAUCCUGCUUUUAAAGUAACACCAGACAUGUUAGCCAAGUAUAGUGUAUAAUUUGAUGAUUGAUUAUUGGUGAAGAAAUAAUAACAUAAUUUUGGUUACAUAAUUCAUUAUUAUAUUGAAAGUUAAAACCUUACUUUCAUAAGUUUUAUAUUUAAAUAAUAUUUAGAUUAUAACUACUAAUAAAGGUUUUUAAAAUA